CUGUGCUUGUGAGCUGUCGAGAGAGGAACGGAAAUCCCCAUCGUGUCGUCGUCCUCCUCCUGCAGGCAUCUCUUCCACCUGCUGGCUGCUGCGCCGGCUCCCCACGAUUCCUUCCCUUCCGAGGUCGAGUCGGGCACACGCCAAGCUCUGCUCUCUCUCUCUCUCUCUCUCCCCUCCCUCCGAUCCAUUCCCCGUGUUUUCAUUUCUUCCCAAGAGAAAGGGAGGCAUGGAGUCCGAUCCCAACAGUAAUCAGGAGCACCAGCACCGCAUCUUGUUGCCUAGCGAUACUGAUAGUGCAACAGCAACAGCUGCAGCAGCAAAGGCCGACCACGGUGAACAAGAUGCCGAUCUCGAUCUGGAUCCCGUUGUGAUUGAAGGAGAAGAGGUCAAGGUGGAGAAGAAGAGGAGUAGCCGGAAAGUACGGUUCAACGACUGCAGCCUCACCCAGGUCCUGGAGUUCCAGCCAAGCACCCAGGAGGACGCCAUUUCCCUGUGUGCCCAGCUUUGCACUUGGCUCUGUGGACAGAGGCCAGAAACAUAGGCAUGCAUGCCUGCCUGCUUCAAGGAGAAGAGGUCAAGGUGGAGAAGACAAGGAGUAUAUGCUUGUGUUGAUUCUUGGAGUUCACUCAUAUGGCAACAACAAGAAGCCGGAAUUUAGCUGAAUGAGGGAAGGAGGGAUGGUCAGAGAUACAAGGAAACAUGC